AUGAUGAUGGUGAGCGAUGACUGUCUGGUGGAGUGUAAGAUCGAUGAUGACAGUGAAGAAGACAAUGAAGGAGAAGAAGAAGAGGAGAUCAAAAUUCCUCCACCUCCUCCAGAGUUUGCAUCCAAAGCCUCCACUCCAGGGCCCAAACCUCCGACACCUCCCACAUCUACUGCCACAUCCAUCCACACACCCACACCCACACCUACACCCACUCAGCCUGUCAACAGAGACCCUUAUGGCAUCAACCAGCACUUAAAGGUGGAGGUCAGUAACGUGCUGGUGGAGCCAACCUCCCUUCAGAGUAAUGACCGGGUGUGGCUUUACAGCGUCGCUGGCUUUGAGAAGACUCGUAUCUGUACAUACCACUGCCUCACCUUGCUGUUUGCGGUGCCCUUCGCUCUCCUCUGUGGUAUGGUCCUGGCUGUUCUCGCCUGUCUACACGUCUGGUUUCUGGUGCCUUGCAUAGAGCUGAGCCACACCUUCCUUCCAUGUGUGCGGUCUUUGUGUUUCUGUGCUGUGAAUGUUUUCAUCUCUCCCUUCUGCACGUCUCUGGCACUCUGCUUUAGUCAAAUCAACAUUUUGCUGUCAAAAAAAGACUGGCGUCCAAUCAGAGAGAAAGAGCAUGUUUGA